AUGAGGCACUCAUUCAAUGAAUGGAUGCAAUCAAUUCAUCAAUCUGCUAAUAUGGUGAGCAAUACUCGAAAUGUUGCUAUUGGUAUGAUUCCUGUACCAAUUUUACAGCAGUUUGAUGAAGUUGCGAAUGAUCAUGUUAGUAGUAUAGAUGCUUAUAGUAAUGCUGAUGAUGAUGUAAAUGAAUUGAAUCCUGUAAUCACCCCUGCUAGCCCUGUUCAGAUUGAGAUUGAUGACAUACAGGAGGAGUUGGAUUUUUGGAAUUCUUCGAUCAUAUGCUAUGUUGUGGGUGCUAACCCCCCAAUUCAUGUGAUGGAAGGGUUCAUUAGAAGGAUCUGGAAAAAGUAUAAUGUGGAUAAUGUGGUGUUAGUGAAGAAGGGGGUAUUCCUAGUUCGAUUUCUCACAAUGGACAUGAGGGACAAUGUGACCUCUGGUCAUUAUUUUUUUGAUAAUAAGCCAAUGGUUGUGAAACCAUGGACUGUGGACAUGGACAUGGAGAAGGAAGAUCUCAAAUCUGUUCCUAUUUGGAUUCAGUUAAGACUGAACUUCAAAUACUGGGGUGAAAAGUCCAUGUUCAAAAUUGUGAGUCAACUAUGUACACCAAUCAAGAGGGACUCUGCUACUGUUCCUGUUACUUAUGAAUGGAGGCCAACUGUUUGUACUAACUGCAAGCAAGUUGGUCAUCUGACUAUUGAUUGUAGGCAUGCUAAGCCUAAGAAAAUAUGGGUGCAGAAGAAACAACAGCCAAUGAUUCCACAACCAGCAGUGAUUGUACCUGAACCAGAUGUAGAUCAGGAGGGUUUCCAAAGAACUCUUAGGCCAAUAAGGGUCAGACCUACUAGUCUAGCUCCUGUUUCAGUUGCAAACCACUUUCAGAGUUUGGAUGAAGAUGCACACAGUGUCUGUAGUACUGCAGGCUUGGAUAGAGGUGAUGAUCUAGAGGAUAAGCAAGAUACUGUGAGGCAAUUUCUUCAUAGGUAUCAUGUGGGUUUAGUUGGACUCCUAGAGCAUAAGGUUAAGCUGCCCAAUUUAGGGAAGCUUUACCAAAGGAUUUUCUCAAACUGGUGCUUUACCAGUAAUGCUAGUUACCAUAAAGGAGGGAGAAUUAUUGUUGCCUGGAAUCCUGGAAGUUUCUCUGUGAACAUUCAGGCUGUUACCAGUCAGCUCAUUCAUUGUUUUGUUCAACCAGUGAGUGGUAAUUUUGGUUUUUUCUGCACUUUCAUUUAUGCUUUUAAUGAUAGUCAUAGCAGGUUAGAAUUGUGGAAGGAUUUGAAAAGUCUGAAUACUCAAGAGCCUUGGAUCUUGUGUGGAGACUUUAAUUGUGUUAUGAAUAUGGAAGAAAGGAUAGGUUCUAUUGUUAGACACACUGAAAUUGUUGAUAUGUGUGAGUGUAUGCAGCACUGUGAAAUGGAAGAUAUUAAAAGUGUGGGCAACUUUUACACUUGGAAUAAUAAACAGCAUGGUGCAUCCAGAGUGUUUUCUAAGCUAGAUAGGGUGAUGGCAAAUCCUAAAUGGCAAAGUAUCUAUGGUUCUGCUGAGGUGUGUUUUAUGACUGAGGGUUAUUUUGAUCACGCCCCUGGUGUGUUGACAGUCUAUCCCAGGAGCUCAGGAGGGAAAAAUCCCUUCAAAUACUUUACUAUGUGGAUAACUGCUUCUCAAUUUAGGAGUAUGAUCCAAACUCAAUGGGAUAGUCAAGUGCAGGGUAGUAAGAUGUAUUGUGUGGUCCAUAAGCUGAAAAGGGUGAAAAUUGCACUUAAGGAAUUGAACAAGGUUGUUUCAAUGAUAUUCAAGCUGCUGAUCUUCAGAAUUACAGGCAGUUCAGGAGUACAAGAUCAAACAUUGAGCUUAUGUGGAUUUUUUGAGACAAAGUCUAAAGCUGCUUGGAUUAAAGAUGGUGAUGAGAACACUGCUCUUUUUCACCAAAGCAUCAAGGCUAGGAACAGUCAGAAUUAA